AUGUUCCCUGCCCAGGACGCUGUGCCCCGCGGCGGGCUGAGCCUGAAGGAGGAGCCGCUGCUGCCCGCCGGCCUGGGCUCGGUGCGCUCCUGGAUGCAGGGCGCGGGCAUCCUGGACUCCAGCACGGCGGCGCAGAGUGGCGUGGGACUGGCACGAGCACAUUUUGAAAAGCAGCCCCCCUCCAACCUCAGGAAAUCCAACUUCUUCCACUUUGUGCUGGCCAUGUACGACCGGCAAGGGCAGCCCGUGGAGGUGGAACGCACAGCAUUCGUGGACUUCGUGGAGAAGGACCGCGAACCUGGGGCAGAAAAGACGAAUAACGGCAUCCAUUACCGCCUGCGGCUGGUCUAUAACAAUGGGCUCAGGACAGAGCAAGACCUCUACGUGCGUCUCAUCGAUUCCAUGUCAAAGCAGGCCAUCAUCUAUGAGGGUCAAGACAAGAACCCUGAAAUGUGCCGAGUGCUGCUCACCCACGAGAUCAUGUGCAGCCGGUGCUGUGACCGGAAGAGCUGUGGCAAUCGGAAUGAGACACCCUCAGACCCAGUCAUUAUUGACAGGUUCUUUCUCAAGUUCUUCCUCAAAUGCAACCAGAACUGCCUGAAGAAUGCUGGGAAUCCCCGAGACAUGCGGCGCUUCCAGGUGGUGGUGUCCACAACGGUGAGUGUGGAUGGACACGUGCUGGCUGUGUCUGACAAUAUGUUUGUGCACAACAACUCCAAACACGGCCGCAGGGCACGCCGCCUGGACCCUUCUGAAGGUCAGGACUCCUGGCCCAGCCCUGGCCAGCCCCAGUCCCCACCUUGGCUCAUUCCUCUGACUUGGGUCCUCUUCUGCCUCCCAGCUGCCACCCCAUGCAUCAAGGCCAUCAGCCCCGGGGAGGGCUGGACCACAGGCGGUGCCACUGUCAUUAUCAUCGGCGACAACUUCUUCGAUGGGUUGCAGGUCGUGUUUGGCAAUGUGCUCGUAUGGAGUGAGCUCAUCACUCCCCACGCCAUCCGGGUGCAGACGCCCCCUCGACACAUCCCCGGGGUGGUGGAAGUGACCCUCUCCUACAAAUCCAAGCAAUUUUGCAAGGGAGCCCCUGGCCGCUUUGUCUACACAGCCCUGAAUGAGCCCACCAUUGACUACGGAUUCCAGAGGUUACAGAAAGUCAUUCCCAGACACCCCGGAGACCCAGAAAGGCUACCCAAGGAAGUGCUGCUGAAGCGGGCGGCAGACUUGGCGGAGGCCCUGUAUGGAGUGCCCAGCAGCAACCAGGAGCUGCUCCUGAAGCGCGCCGCAGACGUGGCCGAGGCUCUGUACAGCGCCCCGCGCGCGCCCGCGCCGCUCGCAUCCCUGGCCCCGAGCCACCCGCACCCCGCCGUCGUGGGCAUAAACGCCUUCAGCAGCCCGCUGGCCAUCGCUGUCGGGGACGCCACGCCGGGCCCGGAGCAGGGCUAUGUGCGCAGCUGCAGCAGUGCGUCCCCCCGAGGGUUCGCGGCCAGCCCGGGCUCCCAGCAGAGCGGUUACGGCAGUGGUCUUGGAGCUGGCCUCAGCGGCUAUGGAGCACCGGGUGUAGCCAGCCUCGGCGUGCCAGGGUCCCCUAGCUUCCUCAAUGGCUCCACCGCCAACUCGCCCUUCGCCAAGAUCUGAGCCUGACACUCCCCUUCUAGCCUAGGCUGAACUUGCAGAACCCAAGGCCCCCAUAAGCCAGAGGCCACACAGGCUAUAGCCUGGUGUCCCUCCCAAGGCCUAUGAUUCCCAGCCCUUGCUCAUGUCAAGUUCUGCUGUUCCAUAUCCCUUCAGCUCUAGCCCAGUAACCUCCUCACAGCUUCUUCCUGGCUUUCCUUUGCACUUGAUUCUUUCCUCCAGAGCCCUCACCACUUUCCAGAUACAUAUAGUUCUGUCAACAAUGGUGGAGCAACUGUCCCGGUAUACAGUCUGCCUGAGGUCACCUAAUUCAGCAAGGUCAAGAAUUCCAGAGCUGACUGUGCCCUGCUUCUGGCAUUAUCCAGGACAACUGGACUUUACCUAGGGCUGGUCCCAUCUCAAUACUGUCUUGGCCCAUUGUUGACCAGGUCUCCACCCAUUCCCCAUGUGCAGAAUGUUCUGUGACACAGCUCCAUGGGCUAUCAUUCUCAUUGAGUUUGCCAGGGCAUUUCUGGAGUGGCAUCAGAAUUGUCUGAGCCAGGGAAUCUGGGACUGUCUUCUUGGGUCUCCACGUGGUCUUCUGUAUCAGUCACUAGCAACCCUAGAAUGACAACUCUCAGUACUGUCCAAGCUACAAAAUGUGGCUGUGAGCUUUCUGGACCUUGGGAGAUGCCAUAUAUAUUCUGUCAUUAGUGUUAAGCCCUCCAUAAUGGCCAUAGCCUUAUCAGCUAGCAGUGAGGACUGUCUUAAAGGAGAUAGUGACUGUAUGGCUGAUGACAUUCAGUAGAAGACAAAGUAAGGGUGGUUACUCUGAUGUCAAAGCAGCCUUCUCAGGUUAUGGAUUUCUUCUAGGAAGUCCCCACUCACUGCCCAUUGCCUGCUCUUUGGACAACUCUCAGACUUUAUAGGCCUUUAAAAGAGAGAGGCAGGGAAUUGGGUUGAGGUAAGGAUAUAGAGAGGUGGGCUGCAGAGAUGCCCUAAUCUGCUAGAUGCCCUAACAGAUGAGGCUAUAGGAAGAAGAGACAGGCAAAACCUGUGUGUAGGAAGCCCCCUUAUUACUUCCAGGAAGGUAAGGCACAGUCCCAGGUGGCUAUAUAAUCAGAGGACAGGAAGCAUUGAGGAUGUAGAGCCCUCACUUUUCUUCAAAAGAUGGCCAGAUGAAAGAGGAAGUUACAGGAGGCCUCUAGGGUCCAGACUGGAGAUGACACAGCACUGCAUAGGGUAGAAGGAAACAGUGUCCAGGGAGAGGAGUGAAAGGACAGGCCCUGUUGAAAGGAAUGAGCAUUUGUAGAGGAAGUUAGGGUGCUUGUGAGCUUUGGCAGAGAAACCUUACAGUAGUGCUCUGCACACACACCAAAUUUCAUGCCCGGCUAACUGCCCCCACUCUGCUGUAAUCCCUGAACUUUGACUUUAGCCUUGGCAACCCCAAGACCCAUCAACAUUUCUUAGCAUCUCAGCAUCGUAGUGAUUUGCAGCAGGAAUCUCAAUCUGUUCAUCUCCUACUUAUCUCUUCUCUUUGGGGGUACCUUCUACUGUUUGGUUAUUUGUUUUCACGGAUGUGACCCAACUCUGACAUCUAUAUUCCUGCAGAGGUCUCCAGGACCCUAGAGUCUCUCAGUUAACCUCCACUUACUACCUUGUACUGAUCUUCCCAGGACCUUCAGUCCCUAGGGAGGUGCAAUCCUGGAGCCUGGUCAGGAGCCCACACUGGGCCCACUGCCCAUGCAGGGGUCCAACUCCACUGCUCACUCUGUGCUGUCUCCCUGUUGUGUCUCCCACUGCCUUUCCUGCUGCAACUGCCCCUGCCCUGCCCUGCCCUGGAGUCAUGCCCUCUAGCCCCCCGCUGGCGGCUGCCUCCUCCAUGUCCCUCCCGGCUGCUGCCCCCACCACCAGCAUCUUCUCCUUCUCGCCUGUCAACAUGAUCUCUGCUGUCAAACAGAGGAGCGCCUUUGCCCCUGUCCUGCGC